AUGGCACACGAGAUUUAUGGAAAUUUGUAUAGCAAUGUCCAAACAGUCAGUGGAGGCAUAUAUCAAACAGAACCAGGUGGUGAAGAAUCAUUUCUGCGGAAGGUUAUCACUCCUAUUUAUGAGGUCAUACGCAAGGGACAUGACCAAGUUAUUGCUGGAAAGAGGAAGCCUAAGACAAAUUUUGUUGAAGUCCGUACAUUUUGGCAUCUUUAUAGAAGUUUUGACCGAUUGUGGGUAUUCUUUAUAUUAGCUUUGCAGGCCAUGGUGAUCAUUGCAUCGCACCGUGAUGGAGCUCUUGAUGCAAUUUUCGAUGAGGGUGUUUUUAAAAGCAUUUUGAGCAUUUUCAUCACUUCUGCUGUUCUUAAUUUUCUGCAAGCUACUCUAGAUAUUGUUCUUAGUUGUGGCGCCUGGAGGAGCUUGAAAUGUACCCAGAUACUUCGUUACCUCCUGAAAUUUGCAGUUGCAACCCUUUGGGUUGUAAUCCUGCCAAUUGGUUAUUCUAGAUCAGUUCAAAAUCCAACGGGACUUGUGAAAUUUUUCAGUACAUUGGGAGGGAACUGGCGUUACCAGCCAUUUUAUAACUAUUGCGUUGCAGUUUACUUGAUACCCAACAUAUUGGCUGCCCUACUAUUUCUGCUUCCACCUUUGCGGAAACGUAUGGAGCGUUCAAACUGGCGUAUUAUCAGUCUCCUUAUGUGGUGGGCUCAGCCAAAGCUUUAUGUUGGAAGAGGCAUGCAUGAGGAUAUGUUUUCCCUUCUUAAGUAA